GUGCUCACGCGUGCGGGCUUUCCGGAGAGCGGUGCAGUCCCCGCGUGCGGCGCAGCUGCGAUGCUGACCCCCGCGUUCGACCUCAGCCAGGACCCCGAUUUCCUGACGGUCGCCAUCCGCGUGCCCUACGCCCGCGUCUCGGAGUUCGACGUGUACUUCGAGGGCGUGGACUUUAAGUUCUACGCCAAGCCGUACUUUCUCAGAUUAAAUCUUCCUGGAAGAGUUGUAGAAAAUGGAAGUGAGCAGGGAUCCUAUGAUGCAGAUAAAGGAAUUUUUACCAUUCGAUUGCCCAAAGAAACUCCUGGCCAACAUUUUGAGGGGCUGAACAUGUUAACUGCUCUUCUUGCACCAAGAAAAUCCAGGACAGCCAAACCACUUGUGGAAGAAAUAGGUGCUUCUGCGGUUUCUGAGGAUGUGGUUGAAGAUGAUGAUGAGGAGUUUGAUUGGGACAUUGAGCAGACCCCCUAUGAGGAGGUGCCAGACAGUGCUUUGAACCGGCAGUGCUACUAUGGAUUUGGAAACCUGCGAUCGGGAGUGGUUCAGCGGUUGCAGGAUGAAUUGAGCGAGGUUAUUGAUGUUAAAGAUCCAGAUUUCACGCCUGCUGCUGAGCGAAGGCAGAAACGCCUGGCUGCUGAGCUGGCAAAAUUUGAUCCAGAUCAUUAUCUAGCUGACUUCUUUGAAGAUGAGCCAAUUGAACAAGUUUUGAAGUAUAAUCCUUGGUGGAAUGAUAUGUACUCAAAAAUGAAGGCCUCUUUGGGAAAGAGUCAGAAGCCAGAAGAUCAUGCUGCAUUAGUAUCUUUUUCAGAAGAGGAGAAAUACCAGCUACGUAAAUUUGUCAAUAAAUCUUACCUGCUGGACAAGAAAGCUCAGUGUCAGGUGUACUAUGGUUUAAUUGAUAUCCUGCUGGCAUAUUGUUAUGAAAUGCGUGUCACUGAAGGAGAGAGGAAUGUCGAGUCUGCAUGGAAUGUCAGAAAGCUAAGUCCAACACUAUGCUGGUUUGAGACUUGGAUGAAUGUUCACGAGAUCCUGGUGUCUUUUGCAAGAAGAGUGCUAUGUUACCCGCUUUACCGCCACUUCAAGCUGGUGAGAAAGGCCUGCACGGACACCACAAAGAUACUGCAGCUAGGUAAGAGUGCAGUUUUAAAGUGUCUCUUGGAUAUUCACAAGAUUUUUCAAGAAAAUGACCAAGCUUAUAUUUUGAACGAUCUUUACAUCUCAGACUAUUGUGUGUGGGUCCAGAAAACCAAGUCCAAAAAGCUGAGUACUCUUGCAGAAGCCUUGAAAGAAGUCUCCCUCACGAAGGCCCAGCUGGGGUUAGAGCUGGAGGAGCUGGAGGCAGCAGCGCUUCUUGUCCAGAAGGAAGAAACAUCAGGAAAAGCUGGCAGAUCAAGUCCUGGCCCCUGCCCCGAAAGCAGCGAAGAAUCCACGGGAGAAUCGGAGGCGGAAGAAUCAUCAGAGGCAGAAGAGUCAUCGGAAGAAUCAGACAGCUCUUCAUCCUGUGAUGGCAAGGACCCGGCUUUAGAGGGAGACCAGCCACGGCUGGGCCAGACAGAGCCCAUUAUUUCUUUGCAAGGCUCCUCUCUGGGGGCGGGUAUGAGCACCCUGCUUCUCAGCGAUGGCCAGGUCCGCGAAAACACAGUCUGGCAGGACUCUGUCCUCAGCCAGGGUCAACUGAUGGCCUGUUCUGGGCCCCCCUGGGAGCACAGACCAUUGAUUCAGGAGCUUGAGGAUCAGCUGAGCACCACCCUUCAGGUUUCCACAGCCCGGGACAGCACAGCAGACUGCGGGACAGAGGUGGGGACGGGUGACCCUUGAGCCCACGUGGGUUGCUCACUGUG